AUGCAGUACUGGGGUGAACGCUCCCGGCUCAUCCGCACCUCCACGCCCUGUCUGAAGCUCCUUCCCUCCUCCUGCCCGCAGACUCACUCCUGCUUCAGCCAGACAGUUCCUAAUUACACUUUGUGCCUGAUGAGAGCCCACUUCCUUCAGGAGCCACAUCACCCCAUGGUUCCACUGCUGGGAACAAUAAACCUGAAAAACCCGGUGCUUCAGCAGGUGCUGGAGAGGAGGAGUGACGUCCUGUGCAUCCUGACACAGAAGAUCGUGACAACGCAGAAGUGUGUGAUAUCCGAGCACAUGCAGGUGGAGGAGAGGUGCGGGGGCAUGCUGGGCGUCCAGACCAAGACGGUGCAGGUGUCAGCGACAGAGGAUGGGAAUGUCACCAAGGACUCCAAUGUGGUGCUGGAGAUCCCAGCUGCCACCACCAUCGCCUACGGCGUAAUCGAGUUAUAUGUGAAACUGGAUGGCCAGUUUGGGAGCAAAGUCAUUGGGUGGGUGCUGGUUCACACGUAUCCACCGCAGCAGCUGGGAACAUCUGUGAAAGCACUGAUGACAAUGAGUUAUAAAAAGCAGGGGUUGCUGUCCCGUGUUGCGAGAUAUGCACAGCAGUCACGGGAUUGGCUAUGCUCUGUUUUCACAGUGACUCUGCACUUGGAGAGGAAUUUCCAUCCUUUCGUGGAGCUGCCAGAGCAGCAGCAGACGGCUCUGAGCACCAUCCUGCAGGCAGUCCUGUUUGAUGAUGAGUUACUCGUGGUCCUGGAACAAGUGUGUGACGACGUGGUCAAUGGCGUCUCGCCCCCACUGGUGGUGGUGGGGGAGCUGAAGCCCCCACAGCAGCAGGACCUCACAGCUUUCCUGCAGCUGGUGGGGUGCAGCGUGUGGGGUAGGGGUCCCAGCGUCCAGGAUGCGGUCAGCGACCAGAAGCUCUUUGCAGCCGCCUAUUUCUUGGUCAGUGCACUAGCAGAAAUGCCAGAUAAUGCAGCUGCUCUGCUGGGCACUUGCUGUAAACUCCAGAUUAUUCCUACGCUGUGCCGCUUGCUCCACGUUCUGUCUGAUGAAGGAGUAGCUGAUCUUGAAGACCCAACCCUGGCUCCUCUGAAAGACACAGAAAAGUUUGGAAUUGUGCAGUGCUUGUUCGCCUCUGCUGACAUUAGCCUGGAGAGAGUGCAGUCAUCCGUGAGAGCUGUCAUCCUCAAGGACCCUAAUGUCUUCCCACUCAUUCUUUAUAUAACCCUGAAUGGACUCUAUGCUUUAGGCAGAGAACAUUAGUAAUGUCCCAUGUGAAUCAGAAGUACAUAUCAUUAGCCAAGGCUGGUAUUUUUCAGAAUUGUUGAUACCACUUUGGGGUUUAGGUCAAAUGCACAUUAAAAGUUGAUCAAUGAAACGAAUUUACAAAA